UCUCUCUCUCUUGUUUGUUUCUGCCUCUCUCACUCACCAGUGUCAUUUUGAAGUCAGAGAUCCAUGUGGCUACUUCACCGGCACGUUCAUCAUCGCCUCAGAGAGGAAAGGGAAAGCAGGACAAAAACAGCGCGACAUAAUAACUACAUGUACAGGACAUUUAGUACCCUGGAUGAGAUAAGAGGGCGGACUUGAAUUAGGAGGAAAAGACGCGGUUAAAAAAAAAUAAAAAAAUCUACCGACUGAAAUUUCGGCAGAUCAUCGGCCGUUUCGUGGAAGAAACAAAAAAAAAGAAGGGCAAGGAAAUUGUUACCGUGUGAUGCCCACACGGAGAGAUGACCACUGAUCAGGAUCUGACGAUGGAUGGCCAGCCAGCAACAGCCUUGUUUGCUGCAAACGGCACUGAUGUAACACCUAAUAAAGACAAAGGAGUUAUCAAGGUUGUGAAGCGCCAGGGCCUCGAUGGAGAGCGGCCAAUGAUAGGGGACCGAGUGACCAUCCACUACACUGGGAAGCUGCUCAGCGGGAAGAAGUUUGACUGCAGUCGAGAUCGCAAAGAAGCUUUUACCUUCAAUGUGGGCAAAGGACAAGUCCUCAAGGCCUGGGAUAUUGGUGUGUUGUCCAUGCAGAGAGGUGAGGUGUGCUUGUUGCUGUGUAAACCAGAGUAUGCUUAUGGAUCUGCUGGAAAUCCCGACAAAAUUCCUCCCUGCUCUUCCGUAGUGUUUGAGAUGGAGCUUCUCAAGUUUGAAGGAGAGAUUCUCACAGACGACUCCGGCAUCACGAGAAGAAUAAAGGUCAAAGGUGAAGGUUACACUAAUCCCAACGAUGGAUCAAGUGUUGAAGUGCACCUGGAGGGAAAGUGUGGUGGUCGACUGUUUGACUGCAGGGACGUCAGCUUUAUUGUUGGUGAGGCUGAAGAUAAAGGCGUUCCUCUCGGGGUGGACCGAGCCAUGGACAAGAUGCAGAAAGGAGAGUGCUGUGUGCUUUACUUAAAACCAAAGUACGGCUUUGGAAGCGAAGGUAAACCGGAGUUCAAAAUUGGACCAGACAAAGACAUCGUAUACGAAGUUACCCUCAAAGGCUUUCAAAGGGCUAAAGAAUCCUGGGAAAUGGACUUGCCUGAAAAGCUGGAUUUGGCUGCUGGAGUUAAGCAUAAAGGGAAUCAGUAUGUUGAGGCAGGGCGGUACAACCAGGCAAUCAUCCAGUACCAGCGUGUCGUUUCAUGGCUAGAGAUGGAGUGUGGGACUGGGAUGGAGCAGCAUAAGAGGAUAAAGUCUUAUAUGUUGACAUCACACCUCAACUUAGCGUUGUGUUUCCUGCGGACAAAAGAGUUCUCACAAGUAGUGGACAACUGCAACAAGGUGAUUGAGCUGGAUGAGAACAACGAGAAGGCUUUGUAUCGUCGCGGGGAAGCACGUCUCCUUCGUAACGAGUUCACCAUGGCCAUGGAGGACUUUCAGCAAGUGCUGCAAGUCAACCCUUCAAAUCGAGCGGCUCAUGCUCAGAUUUCCAUCUGCCAGAGCAAGAUGAAGGCGCAUUAUGAACAGGACAAGAAGAUCUACGCCAACAUGUUCCAGAAAUUUGCAGAACGGGACGCCAAGCAAGUUGGGAAGACGAAAAGAAGGCGAGAUGAGACCGCGAGGAGCGGCAUGAACGGCGAAGUGAGCAUCAAACGACAGCGCAGGAGUAAGGACUGUCCAUCUCAAAAGUGACAUUUGAAAGGGAAAAAAAGAAAGACAUUGCUUCCUUUGCUUUCCAAGCCCAGGGAGCCGAGGCAGGAAUGAAGUCGUAUAAAAGCCUCUCAUCCAAACCUUUGUAUCCCAAAACCCAACGUUACCAUUCCUGGAUAUAAAGCAGAGUUUAAGCAGGGACGUUUGCAAGCCAAACAACAUUUCCCCUGUCGCAUGGACCGUGCGACUGCCAGGACGUAGCUCCCAGUCGAAUUAGUACUGCAGAAACAGUGAGUUAAAAUUGGUGAACACUUCUAGCCCCAACCUUUGAUUUGUUAUUAAGCCUUUUAUUGGGCAGCUGCAUGCGUGCAUCAAGAAGUGUUUGGGAUUCAGACUUGAAACUUUGCUAGUUUUUAUAUGUGCAAUAUGUACUUCGGAUAAAAGGUAUAACAGGUCCUAUUAGCUAGGUGGUGGUUUAAACUUUUCUUUGCAAAAGUAAGAAAAGUUAAAUGCCUAUAACUUAGCCUUGGUUCUUAAAAAAUAAUCAUAUUGUAGAAAAGCCUGCAUUCAUUUAAUGUUCGGAAAUUUCUGCAAAAAUAUUACAAAUCCACUACUCAAAAAAAAUGCAUCUUCUCCAAACAUGAAUCUGCAUUAUUGGCAAAAAUCACUGAUUGAAAUCUUACGUUUCCAAUCAGCAGAUGCAGAGAGUAGAAUAUGAAACAAGCACAAACUACAAAUACUAAAUUAUACCAAAACACAAAUCUGUCAUUAUGGCGUUCUGGAAAAUUACAAUUCACUGUAUUUGGUUAUUUCUAGUAAAAGCUGAUUUUAUAUUAUUUUGCGACUCGACGAUACUACCUAUGAAGCUAAGUCAGCACAUCUUUUUUAAAGCCUAAACGACAAACCUAACUGGUGAAGAGGGAUUAUUUCCAGAAAUACAAUUCAAAUUUAGCCCCUUGUUUUGGGCAAAGAUGAGGCAUUGGUUUACGAUGGAUAAGACUGCGGUCAUGCACUAAAAUAAUUUAUUUAUGAAUACAUGCAUGAUAUGUCUUUUUUAAUUUGUUUAAAUCUUUUGUUUGAUCAACACGUCACACAGUACACACUGUUUUUUUUUUCAAAUGAGAAGGUAUUGCUGUAAAACAUUGAUGAUCUAUGGGAGUGAAAACAGCUGAUAACUUAAUUUCUAUGGACUGAUUACAUUUUAAGACAAUGGCAGCUGCAAAAACUUUAAUAAAAUAAAAAAUACAAAAGUAAAAAUAUACAUAAAAGUAAAUGUUUCCACUCUUGAGCUUUGGUGGAUUUCAGUGAUUAAUGAUGUUCUUCUGUUGCAAGCAUUAUGUUUUUAUCUAUCAGCUAAUUGCAUAAACAAGCAUGGCACAAUCUUCAACACAAAUAAAUCUCCUUUCAAAAGCAGAUCAAAUCUUCAGAUUUAUGAUAAAACACUUCUUACAAAAGGAGGCAUUUUAUCACCCCUAUCCCCACCUUUGUAUUUGACAGGUCAGAUGCAUUAAUAUUUGCCCUGUGAGCAUAAAUGGGAGAGGGACACAGAAACCGCAAUUAAGCUUUAAAACCGUCCGAUCUACAAUUUUCAAUAAUUCACAUUUUUCAUGAUUUCUUUCAGCUCUGGUAAUGUGAUCAACAACAUCAUUUUACAUCUGUGGAAAUGUUUUUGCCUCAGUCCCUGAACUGGUGUCUGUAUUUCACUGCAUCUAUUUCAUGAUUUUUAAUUUUCUUAACGUGUGAAUGUUAGCGGAUAGUGGACAGUGAUGCACUUGGUGACUGUCAAACCAACACUGUUAUCUUUUCAUGAAAUGAUUGGAUGAAGUCUUGACAAUAAUCUUGAGAUGUUUUAUAAACAUUGGUUGGUUGAGAAUGAAAACCUUAGCUGUCUUAAAUAUUUUGUGUAAAAAAAAAAAUCAAAAGUGAGUAUGUUUGUGUGUGUGUGUGUGUGUGUGUGUGUGUGUGUGUGUGUGUGUGUGUGUGUGUGUGUGUGUGUGUGUGUGUGUGUGUUAAUAUACUGUAUAUUGUUGUAUGUUACCAAGGUUUUUAAACAGCUUAUUGCUAUUUGUUUUCAAGUACUGUUGGCUCUGAACAUUCAAACAUUUUAUACUGUGGAAAUGAGCAUGAAGUACUUUUUCUAGCAAUUAUACAUUGCAUCUAAGAAUAUACAGAAUAUGUAUCCCUCACUGUCAACUACAAAAUGAUUCCCAGGCCUCUUAGGGCUACAUUCAUCCUUUUUGAUAACUUGAUAAUUAAAAUUACAGGAAUAAUUUGGAAGAUUUUGACAUAAACAAGCGAGAUGAAAUGCAGCUGGUUAAACUGCGGCACUGCGGCACUGCCGAUUGAGAUUGGUUUUUAUUAGAAACUGUUUAAAAUGUUUACAUGUAUUCAAAAGAUCUUAACCCUUGUAAAGCAAAAUGUGAUCAAGGUUUUAAACCGGCAUUUAUGCAAUGAAAUAUUUUCAGACAAAAAGGUACCUUUGUUCAUGUCUUCUUUAUAUAUAUUUUUUCAUUUUUUUGCACUUUAAAAGCAUUAAAUAAAUCCAAGAGUUGCAUUUAAAUAAAUAUGUCAUUAUUCAAAUUAUAGAUCCAUAUCAUUUACAGUGUUAUAACAUUUUUAAAGUUUGUUUUUGACACUAGCGGUAUUGAAAUGAUUAAAAAUAAAUGUAGAAAAAGAUUUGACGUAGUGGCUGGUUGAACUUCCUGGAAUUUGUGUAUCUAAUACAGAAUCAGGAUAGCUCCACCCAUCAUUACCAAUAACUGAAUGGUUAUUUUAAUUUACUUUCCCAGUGCUUUUACCUUAAUCUUACACGUUUCCUCCUGAAAUAGUCUGAAACUGUCACAUUUAAUACUCUGAUCUUGAACAUAUUUUGUGAAUUUCAGCUUUGUAUUCAUUCAAGACAAUAAUAGUUUCACGAUUGUUGGCUUUGCUUAUCAUACAUAUGAAUCAGAGCUACUUAUUUAUACUGAAAGUUAACGUUUUUACUGCAUAAAAGCAGGUCUAAGCUCAUGGCAGCUAUACAUACAAAAUAAAAAAGGUUCUUAAACAGUCA